AUGGCUUCGACUCCCCGCACCGUCGAAGAGAUCUUCAAGGAUUACACCGCCAGAAGAAUCGCCAUCGUUCGUGCUCUCUCUCAAGAUGUCGAUGAAUUCUACGGACUCUGUGAUCCAGAUAAGGAGAACUUGUGCCUCUAUGGACAUCCGAAUGAGACUUGGGAGGUGACUUUGCCAGCGGAAGAAGUACCGCCUGAGCUUCCAGAGCCUGCGCUUGGAAUCAAUUUUGCUAGGGAUGGCAUGAACCGCAGGGACUGGCUUUCUCUGGUUGCUGUGCACAGUGAUUCGUGGUUGCUUUCUGUGGCUUUUUAUCUUGGAGCUCGUCUUAACCGCAAUGAAAGGAAACGUUUGUUUAGCUUGAUCAAUGAGCUUCCUACUGUUUUUGAAGUUGUGACUGAGAGGAAGCCAGUAAAGGACAAGCCCACUGCAGACAGUGGAAGCAAAUCUAGGGGCAGCACGAAGAGAUCAAGUGAUGGGCAAGUUAAAAGCAACCCGAAGUUCGCAGAUGAAGGUUAUGAAGAGGAGGAUGACGAGCAUAGUGAAACCCUGUGUGGGAGCUGUGGCGGAAAUUACAAUGCAGAUGAGUUUUGGAUUGGCUGUGAUAUAUGUGAGAGAUGGUUCCAUGGUAAAUGUGUGAAGAUUACUCCUGCAAAAGCUGAGAGUAUAAAGCAAUACAAAUGUCCAUCAUGCAGCUUGAGGCGGGGCAGACCCUAA